UUUGCAGCAGAGCUUUGGGCACACACUUCUCUCUCUCAUCAGCUCUAAUUUUUUACUGUAGGAGUAGUAAAUAGCUGGAAGAAAAAGGGGUUAUGGGUUUCUUUUUUCGGUUUCCUGCUUUCUUCUGCCUACUGAACCCCAAAUCUACUCUCCCCUCACAUUCGUCCACAGUUUGAACAGAUCUCUCUCCUCUGUACUUUCUCUCUCUAGAUCAGAUUCAAGAACACACACACACACACUCUCUCUGUGUCAGAAACUUUCUGUUAGUUUCUCUUUUCCUACAUUGCCUGCAUUGAUACUAAGGAAAGAGGGAAAUCUCUGUGCUUGGUGUUUCUGCGGUGUUUUGGGUAGAAGAAACUGUGCCUUACUAUUUCUGAACUGGGAUAUUGAUAUUUACAGGUGAGUAAAUUCCCUCUGCAACAAUGUUCACAGAAGGUCUCGACAACAGUGCCCUUCGAUGGGUCAGAGAGAGUUCUGUGAAUCAGAAAAAGGAAGUUCCUUAUUCAAUGUCGAACCUCCGGCUCCGACCCGGCGCCGGUCGGGGUAUUGGCCUCCCUCCGCCGUCGAAUUUUCGAAGCGGGCACUUAUCCGGCGUAGUUCCAGUUUCUAAAACCCUACCCGGCGACGACUUGGAUGACAGUCGGUCCGCGACCGAAAACGAUAUGACCACCGAUUCGGAGGAUGAGGUUUACGGGGGGAGAUACUCCCUCGAUUCUUCCCCCCAAGAUGAUAGAGUUCCCACUAAUAAUGCAGCUGCACAAAGAUACUACGGUUCUGCUCAGAGGCAACAACCUGUUUACGCCAGUGGAUCAGUGUAUUCCGAUGAUGUUACUUCAUCUAGGGAAACAAUAGGGAGAGGGAAUGGGAAUGUGGCUGAGAGGCUGAUGAGGGGAGCCAAUAGGUAUCCGAUUGGAAGGGAUGGUUAUACUGAGGAUGAAUCCUCUGAUUCUGCUGCGAGCUCGGAGUUUUCGAGCACACAAGUGAGGAGUAACAAUGGAGCUGGGCCCCAUGCGAGAGCGUAUGCCUCAGAGGGGUAUGCAUCGAGUGUUCCUUCUCGGAUCAACGCGGAAAGUGCUGGAGUAAAGGAUUCAUGUGCUAUUGAUGAAGAAAUUCCCAGUGCACCUCCUUUUUGUGGUUCUACUGGAGAAAUCAAGCCUCAGGUUGAACCACCACAGGAUAGUACUGGACAAAAGAAUUCUGACCAGCACGUGAGGAGUGCCACUGUUAUAGAAGGUGUUGCACCCUCUGGUUUAGUCCCAGCUCGCCUCCCUACCUUUCAUGCCAGUGCACAAGGGCCGUGGCAUGCUGUGAUUGCUUAUGAUGCAUGUGUUCGGCUGUGCCUUCAUGCAUGGGCAAAGCAAUGCAUGGAAGCUCCGAUGUUCUUGGAAAAUGAAUGUGCACUAUUGCGCAACUCAUUUAGCCUGCAACAAGUGCUAUUACAGUCAGAGGAGGAACUAAUGGCAAAGCGCUCUUCUGAACUUGUUGGCGAGGGAACUGCCCCAAAACCUAAGAAAAUGGUUGGAAAGAUGAAGGUGCAAGUCCGAAAGGUGAAAAUGGCUCUCGACCCACCAAAAGGCUGCACUUUUUCAUCCCUCAAGGCGCCGAAGAUAAAAAUGGACGCUGUCCGAUAUCGGUUUUACAGUUUACAAUCAACACUCUCUACUGGGUGGCAAGCACUUCGGAAAAUCCGUUUUGUUCCUCGUGUUCCUCCAAAUGGUUCCCUUCCGCGCCAGAGCUUGGCAUAUGUUCAGGCCAGUGCUCAGUAUGUGAAACAGGUUUCUGGACUCCUGAAAAUUGGCGUAACAACUCUGCGCAGCAAUUCGUCUUCUCGUGAAGUUGUUCAAGAGACAUAUUCUUGCUUCUUACGGCUAAAAAGUUCAAGUGACGAGGAUGCAAUUCGAAUGCAACCUGGAUCUGGCGAAACCCACGUAUUCCUACCAGACAGCCUAGGAGAUGAUCUAAUUGUUGAAGUCCUGGAUUCCCAAGGGAAACAAUUCGGUCGCGUCCUUGCUCAAGUAGCGUCUAUCACUGAAGAUCCGGGUGAUAAGCUACGAUGGUGGUCUAUUUAUCGUGAACCAGAACAUGAACUUGUUGGAAAAUUACAACUUUUCAUUAACUACUCUACAAUUUUGGACGAAAAUAGUAAUCUUAAGUGUGGCUCUGUUGCAGAAACGGUGGCAUAUGACUUGGUAUUAGAAGUUGCAAUGAAAGUUCAGCAUUUUCAACAAAGAAAUUUGCUGCUGCAUGGCCCGUGGAAAUGGUUGCUGACUGAGUUUGCAUCGUAUUAUGGUGUUUCAGAUGCUUAUACAAGGCUAAGGUAUCUUUCUUACGUCAUGGAUGUGGCAACACCAACUGCAGAUUGUCUCACCCUGGUAUACGAUCUGUUGUACCCUGUAGUUAUGAAGGGCAACAGUCGGCGUACAUUGAGUCAUCAAGAGAACCGAAUAUUGGGAGAAAUUGAGGAUCAAAUAAAUGAGAUUCUUGCUCUUGUGUUCAAGAACUACAAGUCUUUGGACGAAUCAGUCCCAUCUGGCAUCAUGGAUGUUGUUAAGCCUGCAACUGGACUUGCAGCCCCUGUAUUGGAGCCUGCUGUGAAGCUGUUUACCCUUUUGCAGGAUAUACUGUCUCCUGAGGCACAGAAUAAGCUAUACAGCUAUUUUCAGGCUGCUGCAAAAAAGAGAUCUAGAUGGCACUUGACUGAGACUGAUGAGUUUGUUACGGGUAACAAUGAAGGCUGUUUGAUCGAUGCGUUCACCAUGACUUCUGCUUACCAAAAAAUGAAAUCCUUGUGCCUCCACAUCAGGAAUGAGAUUUUCACUGACAUGGAGAUCCACAGUCAACAUGUACUCCCUAGUUUCAUAGAUCUUCCCAAUCUUUCCGCGGCUAUAUACAGCGCAGAACUCUGCAGCAGGUUGCGUUCGUUUCUAAUUGCCUGCCCUCCAACGGGUCCUUCACCUCCUGUAGCAGAACUUAUCAUCGCCACUGCUGAUUUUCAAAGGGAUCUUUCUAGCUGGAAUAUUAAUCCUGUCAAAGGUGGAGUUGAUGCAAAAGAACUGUUCCAUUUGUAUAUUAUGCUCUGGAUUCAAGAUAAGCGCCUUUCAUUGCUCGAGACAUGCAAAUUAGAUAAGGUUAAGUGGUCAGGAGUCAGGACACAACACUCAACAACUCCUUUUGUUGAUGAGAUGUAUGAACGCCUGAAAGAAACAUUGAAUGAUUAUGAAGUUAUUAUCUGUCGCUGGCCAGAAUACACUUUUGUUUUGGAGAACGCUAUUGCUGAUGUAGAGAAGGCAAUUGUGGAAGCCCUAGAGAAGCAGUAUGCAGACGUCUUGGCACCGUUGAAGGAAAACUUGACACCCAAGAAAUUUGGUCUAAAAUAUGUCCAGAAGCUUGCAAAACGGUCCGUGUGCCCCUAUCUUGUCCCUGAUGAGCUGGGAAUCCUUUUGAAUUCCAUGAAGAGGAUGCUUGAUGUUUUGCGGCCAAGGAUAGAAUAUCAGUUGAAGUCCUGGGGUUCUUGCAUCCCUGAUGGAGGCACCACAGCCCCUGGAGAGAGGCUCAGUGAAGUAACCGUGAUGCUGAGGACAAAAUUCAGAAACUACUUGCAAGCGGUUGUGGAGAAGGUGGCAGAAAAUACAAGGUUACAAAAUGCUACAAAACUGAAGAAGAUACUCCAAGAUUCUAAGGAAACUGUGGUGGACUCGGAUGUAAGAAAUCGAAUGCAGCAACUGACGGACCAGCUGACAAGCACAAUGAAUCACCUCCAUACUGUAUUUGAGAGUCACGUUUUCAUUUCGAUCUGUCGGGGGUAUUGGGAUCGUAUGGGGCAGGAUGUUUUGAGCUUCUUGGAGAACAGGAAAGAGAAUAGAUCGUGGUACAAAGGUUCAAGAGUUGCUGUCUCUAUUCUGGAUGAUACUUUUGCAUCUCAGAUGCAGCAGCUUCUGGGGAAUGCCCUCCAAGAGAAGGACAUUGAGCCCCCCAAAACAAUUGUUGAGGUUCAGUCAAUGCUGUGCAGAGAUGCUCCAAGUCACAAGGGAAGCACGUACUACUACUGAAUUUUGUUUGUACAUGUUAGGGUUAUUAUGUGAUUUACUACCAAAGUCAGAAGAACAAGGCAUACCAAUUUUGUAUGGUGCAUAUGUAAUCUUUGAACAAUAUAGAAUGAUGCUCGCAUUCUUUUAUAUUCUUUACCCUCACAGCUUAGUUCGAAAUCAACCGUCCAAAAUUUCAAAAUUUA